AUGAUGUCGUCCGACUCUCUAAACCGCUUCAACCCUAGCGAAUCUCCAAACUAUGGGUUUGUUGCUCCAUCGUCACCAUCCCCUAAUCUACGCGCGUUUCUUGCAUACGUUAAAGCUGCCGAAGCCUGGGACGUCGAUCGCACGAUGGAAUUUUUCGAUGACGCUCUUGAACAUCGCAUCCUGCCACAGUCCCUGGGUCGCCCCGUCCUAAACAAACGACAAUACGGAGAGUACCUGAGAGCUUUGCGUCCCUUCUUCAAAACCUACCAGGUCACAAUACACGAAGUGAUUGAAGCCGACAACAAAAUGACGGCCCAUGCUUCUUCAAAUGGCGUAUCAGUCUCUGGUGUGCCAUACGCAAACGAGCACGUCCUCGUUAUCCACUACGCUCCAGUGUCAGAAUCUGCUGGACCCGACGCGCUUCCGAAGAUGCGAUUAGUGAAGGAGUAUGUUGACAGUUCCUUCAGUUUGACCUUUUUUGCCCAAGAACGGGCAAAAGCAAAAGAGAGACAAGAGCGUUUGGUUCGAAGUAAAUAA